AUGGACGCCCUUGUUCCCGAAGUUGUUGGAGUGGGAACCACCGGGACCAUUGUGGUUGGGGCCAUGGUGGGCACCGUUGUGGGUACCAUCACUGGCACCACCGUGGUGGUCGGUGUAAGCACCAACGUGGUUGUCGGGAGGUUUGCCAACCAGGAAAGUUACGGCAACCAGCACGGAGGGAGGGAAACCGGUUCGCUUAGCCCCCGAGCAGCGCCGCGCAUUUAUGCAAACCCGUCCCACACACCCCCCACCCCUAAAUCUGCCGUAGCCGGGCGACUAAUCCCCAGGGAAUCUGGAGCGCCGCGCGGAAAGCAAGGCGGGGAGGCGGCAAGCGAAGGGAUAAAGUCCACUCCUCCGCGCGGGCAGCUUGCAGGGGAGAGGCGCGUAGCCGCCGGGCGCCCCGAGCCGCGGCAGCAGCAGCAGCAGCCCAGCAGCAGCGCCAUGCAGCCCUCCCGCGCCUGUUUGUGGCACGGCCUGGCUUUCGCCUGGUUCGUCUUCAUCGCCUCCGCGACCUCCCAGAUCAGCGUGGCCGGCGUCACCGACGCGCCUCCGGAAAUCGUCGCCUACGGCGGGCCCUGGAAGUUCCUCACUUUUCUCAACCUGGUUUUCCAGGCUGCUUUGUGUGGCAUCUCCUUGCUGGUUGAUGGGCUUACCUUAAUGAAGAAACAGGGAAUUGCCAAGUUCGUGCUUCGCUUCAGAGACUUGCUCUUCGGAUCCCUGUGUUUUCCUAUGUCUCUGUUUGUGUCCACGUGCUUUUGGAUAUUAUAUUUUUAUGACCGGCAGCUGAUUUAUCCCAAGAGGAUGGAUGCACUCAUUCCUAACUGGCUGAAUCAUGCUAUGCACUCUUCAAUAUUUCCAUUUGCCUUGAUAGAGCUCUGCUUCAUUCCUCACCGUUAUCCAUCAAAGGGGGAAAGACUUGCUUUGUUGGGAAUCAGCUCCUUGGGCUAUAUCUCUUGGACUGUGCAUAUUUACCGGAUAACUGGGUGGUGGGUCUAUCCUAUCUUCCAAGCCCUGAAUCCACUUGGCAUAGCAGCCUUUUUCCUUGGCGCCAUCGGAGUCUUAAUAUUUUACAGUCAUAUGGGAGCAUUUCUCUGCCGCAUGAUUUGGGGUGACACUGUUGUCAUAUUUGACUCUUCCAAGAAGAAAAGCAAAUGAAACUUCCACGGAUGCCAGAACAAGCCCUACUGAUAUCCUGAAACUAGAGAAGGAGAACAAGAAGACAUCUCUGUGUGAAACCUAUUCCCCACCACCGCCCCUGUUCAACAUUUAAGUUUCUUCAAAAGAUUUCGGACAAGCCAGCAGAUGCUGGGAAACACCUGGAUUCUAGGAUUCCUUAUAGCUGUGUGGCUGGGCAGAAACUUUUCCGGUGGUACAGC